GCCUACCCCAGUCUCUCCUCAGCCUACCCCAGUCUCUCCUCAGCCUACCCCAGUCUCUCCUCAGCCUACCCCAGUCUCUCCUCAGCCUACCCCAUCUCUCCUCAGCCUACCCCAGUCUCAGCCUCCUCAGCCUACCCCAGUCUCUCCUCAGCCUACCCCAGUCUCUCCUCAGCCUACCCCAGUCUCUCCUCAGCCUACCCCAGUCUCUCCUCAGCCUACCCCAGUCUCUCCUCAGCCUACCCCAGUCUCUCCUCAGCCUACCCCAGUCUCUCCUCAGCCUACCCCAGUCUCUCCUCAGCCUACCCCAGUCUCUCCUCAGCCUACCCCAGUCUCUCCUCAGCCUACCCCAGUCUCUCCUCAGCCUACCCCAGUCUCUCCUCAGCCUACCCCAGUCUCUCCUCAGCCUACCCCAGUCUCUCCUCAGCCUACCCCAGUCUCUCCUCAGCCUACCCCAGUCUCUCC